UCCCAGCAAACCCAAUAUUUCGCUCCUCUCCCCUCGCACGUGCGACGGCUAGGUUUCCAGCUCUCCCGAAGAAAAAGUGUUCGGAGAUUAGUAUCUAUUACGAAGAAAUGGCGGAGGUGGUCUCCAUGGCCGAUAUAGAAGCAACUGCUCAGCGUCAUGGAAUCGAUCUAUCUUCAGUUGAUUUGGAUUCGAUCCAACUACCUCCGGGAGAGGAUUUCGGCAUCAAAAGUGACGAUGAUGAGGAUAUCCACGAGGAGGAUUCUUUGGAAUUUGAGGCUGGGUUUGGGAACAUCAUUGUGGUGGAUAAUCUGCCGGUGGUUCCUCCAGAGAAAUUCGAGAAGCUUGAGGGUGUUAUCCGGAAGAUAUACAGUCAGACUGGCGUGAUAAGAGAGGGAGGACUUUCGAUGCCAAUGAAUCCGGAUACCCAAAAGACUCUGGGAUAUUGCUUCAUCGAGUACAAUACACCUCAGGAAGCAGAACUUGCAAGGGAAAAGACAAAUGGUUAUAAGUUGGACAAGUCACACAUAUUUGCUGUUAAUUUGUUUGAUGACUUUGAAAAGUACAUGAAGGUUCCAGAAGAGUGGACCCAUGCCGAAAUUAACCCAUACACUCCUGGGGAAAAUCUACAGCAGUGGCUAACCGAUGAGAAGGCUAGGGAUCAAUUUGUUAUUCGUGCUGCUACAUUUACUGAAGUUUUCUGGAAUGACCCCAGGCAACUGAUGCCCGACCUUGUUUAUCGUCGUCAGUACUGGACAGAGAGUUUUGUCCAGUGGUCUCCUCUUGGGACAUACUUGGCAACAGUUCAUAGGCAGGGUGCUGCUGUCUGGGGAGGUGCUACCACAUUUAACCGUUUAAUGCGUGUUGCCCAUCCACAGGUCAAGCUGAUUGAUUUCUCUCCUGGGGAGAAAUACUUGGUCACAUACAGUAGCCAUGAACCUAGCAAUCCUCAUGACACACAUAGAGUUGUACUAAAUAUUUUCGACGUGCGAACUGGAAAAGUGAUGCGAGACUUCAAAGGAAAUGCAGAUGAAUUUGCAGCUGGUGGAAGUGGCGGUGUUUCUGGAGUUUCAUGGCCUAUAUUUAGGUGGGGUGGUGGCAGGGAAGACAAAUAUUUUGCUAGAAUCGGGAAGAAUGUGAUUUCUGUUUAUGAAACAGAGACUUUUACACUGAUUGAUAAGAAGUCUUUGAAAGUUGAAAAUGUGAUGGACUUCUCUUGGUCUCCUACUGAUCCUAUAGUAGCGCUGUUUGUUCCAGAGUUAGGUGGUGGAAACCAGCCUGCCAGGGUAAGUCUUGUUCAACUUCCUGGCAAAGAGGAGCUAAGGCAGAAAAACCUUUUUAGUGUCAGCGAUUGCAAAAUGUGUUGGCAGAGCAAUGGAGAGUACCUUGCUGUCAAGGUUGACAGGUACACCAAAACAAAGAAGAGCACCUAUACUGGCUUUGAGCUCUUCCGCAUCAAGGAAAGAGAUAUCCCAAUUGAGGUCCUUGAGCUUGAGAAUAAGAACGACAAGAUAGUUGCCUUUGCAUGGGAGCCUAAAGGCCACAGGUUUGCAGUUAUUCAUGGUGAUGGUCCUCGGCCCGACAUAAGCUUCUAUUCCAUGAGAACUGCUCACAACACUGGUCGGGUCUCCAAGAUUACAACUCUCAAGGCCAAACAGGCUAAUGCACUCUAUUGGUCUCCUGGUGGCCAUUUCAUUGUACUUGCGGGGUUGAAGGGUUUCAAUGGCCAAUUAGAGUUCUACAAUGUUGAUGAAUUAGAGACUAUGGCAACAGGGGAGCAUUUUAUGGCUACUGACAUUGAGUGGGAUCCUACGGGAAGGUAUGUUGCAACCUCUGUUACUUCUGUCCAUGAGAUGGAAAAUGGUUUUCAUAUAUGGUCCUUCAAUGGAAAGCUUCUCUACAGAAUUCCGAAGGAUCAUUUCUAUCAGUUCUUAUGGCGACCAAGGCCACCAUCAUUUUUGAGUGCUGAGAAAGAGGAAGAGAUCGCCAAGAACCUGAAGAAGUACAGCAAGAAGUAUGAAGCAGAGGACCAGGAUAUGUCCUUGCAAUUGAGCGAGCAAGACAGGAAGAAGAGGAAAAUGUUGCAGGAGGAAUGGGAUGCGUGGGUGAGCAAAUGGAAGCAGUUGCAUGAGGAAGAAAGGGAGCUGAGGUUACAGUUGAGGGAUGGGGAGGCCAGCGAUGAGGAGGAGGAAUAUGAAGCCAAAGAGGUGGAAGUUGAGGAGGUAUUAGAAGUUCAAGAAGAGGUUGUUGCAUUUGAUUUGGAUCAGGAAUGAGUCUUAAGAACGAUUUUGGUGAUUUAAGUCUUUGAGCCUUCUGUAUCAAAACUUUCACAUAAACCAAGAGCUGUCAACGAAAUUUAUUUGACCAUUAUAUUUUCUAGCUACCUGCAAGUGCAUUAAUUGAAUUGUGGCUCGAGUAUCAGAACUUGAGCUAAGUGGUGUGUGGACGCUCAAAAACAAUUUUUUUGAUGCUGUCUUAACCUUCUCAUUUUUUUUUAAACAUCAGUCUGUAAGGAGAACCUGGACGUAUAUAAGCCAAAGAAAGAUGUUGUAGUGAGACUGCUGCUA